AUGGCCACUACAACUGAGCAAUCCAAAGUCUAUGAAGCUUUCAAGAGAUAUCCAUGGGAGACAGACAAGGUAUUUCAAGAAGGGCUUGAAAGCAUUUUGAGUCAAUUUCCUGCACCUGCAAAGCAACAAGAUGAUGAGGCUGAAUUACUGCAAGAUGCUCGUCUUUUGCAAGCCAAGCAUUUCUAUUUUACUAGGUUCCAGCAAAAGUUUGAUUUAGAGGAAUACAUGAAAUACGAAGCGGACAAGUUAGACAGACAGGUCGAUGAACAGCAAGAAGACUUGUUCAAUCAAGUGCAAGAUUAUGAUUAUGACAACGAUGUAGACUAUACAAGGGGGUUACCUAAUAUCAUCCAUGGCUGGUUGGAGCAGCAAUCAAAGACUGGAUUAUGGGAUAAAGAGAGAUUGGAUUUGGAAUUUUUGAAAGCCAAAGCAUUCUACUAUAAUGCUCGUGUCAAGAGCUUUGAUCUGGCUGCUUUCUUCAAUUGGAAGGCCAAGAAGGAUGAAGCUGAUGCACCUGUGUGUCCAUUUGCAAAUUUAUGGCAAAACAAAUCAAAAGCUGGACCUGUGGAUCAAGUGAAUGGCUCAUCAUUCGUUGUUGUUGACAAACCAAAUGGCACAGGAGCAGAAACAUUGACCUUAUCGUCACCCAAGAGUCAAAAUGUGUAUUCAGUGGAUCGUUUGAAAGAAUAUACAUCAGCCUUGAAAAAUGGCCAAAGCGACGACCAUGUUACAUCCUUCUUCAUUACGGCAACCGUGGCUGAUAGCAGCAAUCCCUUUGAAACGGCAGAACGCAUUGAAACCAAAGAUACAAAGGUGCUCAGUUCUGGUUUAGCUUACAACGAAACAGCCCGACUCGUCUCUGGAUCUGAUUUUCGGCAAAUAUCUUUAGAAAAUCUGGCUGCUAAAUACUAUGAUCUUGUGCGCUACAUUAUCGGUCAACGCAAAGAUCCAAAAUUGGCUGUAACAUUUUCAAAUGGUCAAAUUCCAUUAAAUGCGGUCUAUCUAACACUGGGUCUUGGUUUCGUGCGUGUCAUUACAGAACACACGCUGUUAAACUUCACAUUGACGCCAUCGCAUGCCCCUAUACCUCCUUUGGUGUUGCUCUCCAUGGCUCGUAAUCGCACCAAUGCUAGUGGAAAAACGUUGCCCAGAGGUCUUGAAUUGUACUUGGCUUUGGCUGCACCUGAAUAUGCUAGACUGAGAGGUCCAGAGAUUUUGAGAUUGGGGUUAGCUGAUGUGUUUGUGCCUGAAGCUAAAUUAAGCGAUGCUUUUGAAACUGCAAAGAAGAUGGCUGUGUGUCCUGCUCCUGAUACAAAUGCUGCUGUACAGUUGGCUUUGGCUAUCAACCAUACUUAUGCUGGUCCAAAUCGCUUACAGGUUUGGGAAGAUGCCAUUGAAAAGGUGUUUGGUGCUGCCGAUUCUUUUGAAGAUCUCCAGCAUCGUUUGGAAAAAGCCGGCACCACUUGGAGCAAGACCAUCUUGAAACACUGGAGCACGCUACCUCCUGUGCUUUUAAAUGUAAUUUAUAAGGCUGUUGAAGACUGUAAACAAAAAUCACCUUUUGAUAUCUUGGAACUGGAACAAAAGCUCAACGCUAAAUGGCGCCAAAGCGAAGAUUACAAGGAAUGGUUAAGGUCAAAGCAUGAUUGGAUUUCCGAGGAAGCAGAAGUUGCUGCUGCUGUGGAUGCUUAUUUCCAAGAUCUCGAACUCCCUGCAAUAUCAGAUGAGGCUGCUGUCUAUGAAGCGCCACAGGAAACAGAAGAAGAUGCUGCUCCUGCCGUAUGUCCUGUCACUGGUCAAACGUCGUCUGCUACCGCUGUGUGUCCUGUCUCUUCUGUUCAUGCUGCUCCCAAGACUGCUGUUUGUUCUGUUACUGGGCAACAGGCAGAGGCAUACUCUGCUGGUAGUGAAGGGAAAUGUCCUUUCAACAAAUCAGAGGAGCAAAUUGAGAAACCUACUGGUGGAUGUCCGUUCUCAAAAGAUCAGCAAAAGGAAUUGAUGAAGGGAGCAACUUGUCCUGUAACUGGUGCCAUGGAAUCACUUUCACUCCAAUAA